GUGUGGGGGUGGGUGGAGGAAUCAAAUCGCACAUGCGUGAGGAGCGAUGGAGCGGUGGAGUUGGAGUGGUGGAUCAAAAUUGGCUGCGACCAAAGCAUGGUGGAGGGGUUGGUGGUGGGGGGAUCAAAAUGCGCACAGAAGGACCGCAUGGAGCGGAAGGAUGUGGGUGGUGUUGCGAAGGAGGGAAGAGAGAAUUUUUAUCUCUACGGAUAUUCAAGAAUUAUGGCAGAUUCUGCAGACCGUUCAAAAUCGCACGGGAGCAGCUUCUAUGUGGAGUGCUCUGCGAAGUUAAAAAGCGGCAGAUGAACCUAUGAUGGCUGUGAGAGUGUUGGGGGAUCAAACUUUGGACCCGAAGACCGUAUGGAGUUGGUGUCGAUUGGGUGGAGGAUGAAACUAGGCAUGUCUGAAUCUACAAUGUGGUGGUGGAUGUGACGUGUGGAUCAAAAUUCAACUGGGAUAUCGAGCAUGGUGGAGGGGUUGGAGGUGGGUGAUUAAAAAUAAAACAGCAGCAAGACCAUGGAGGG